AUGUACGCCGCGCAACAUCCUGCACAAUUAGCAGCUGUGGGUGGUAAACAACCUUUGAAUGGAGCAAUCCACCAAGCAGCAGCUCUCAGCCAACAACAAGCUCAACAACAAGGGGUGCCCGGAUUAAUUACAGCAGCAGCUGCCGUCGUUGCGGCCAAUGACGCUCAACAACAACAAGCUGGUCCUACCAAUAUUCUUGCAGAGACAACUGCUGCCACUUGGUUAGCCAUUGGUUCUUUAGCUGAAAGUUUAGGAGAUAUGGAAAGAGCAUUGACUUCUUAUGAUUCCGCUUUAAGACAUUCUCCAAAUAAUCCAGAUGCUCUUAUCAAAUUAGCCAACAUAUAUCGUUCAAAAGAUGUAUUUUUCAAGGCUGCUGAAUUGUAUGAACAAGCUUUGAAUUUCAAUCCUGAAAAUGGUGAAACUUGGGGUCUAUUAGGUCAUUGUUAUUUAAUGUUGGAUGAUUUACAAAGAGCAUAUGCUGCUUAUCAACGUGCUUUGUACUAUUUAGAUAAUCCAAAUGUUCCCAAAUUAUGGCAUGGUAUUGGUAUCUUAUAUGAUAGAUAUGGUUCAUUAGAAUAUGCAGAAGAAGCGUUUGUAAGAGUUUUAGAAUUAGAUCCUAAUUUCGAUAAAGCAAAUGAGAUUUAUUUCAGAUUAGGGAUUAUUUAUAAACAUCAAGGUAAAUUACAACUGGCUCUAGAAUGUUUCCAAUAUAUUUUGAAUAAUCCACCUCAUCCAUUAACUCAACCAGAUGUUUGGUUCCAAAUUGGGUCAGUAUUAGAACAACAGAAAGAUUGGAUGGGUGCGAAAGAAGCAUACGAAAAAGUAUUACAAGUGAAUCCACAACAUGCUAAAGUAUUGCAACAAUUAGGUUGCCUUUAUUCUCAAGCUGAAUCGAACCCACCAACUCCAAGAUCUGGUGCUCAUGGUCAACCACCAUUUCAACAAGAUCUAAACAUUGCUUUGAAGUAUUUAAGUCAAUCUUUGGAAAUUGAUCAAAGCGACGCACAUUCUUGGUAUUAUUUAGGUAGAGUACAUAUGAUUAGAGGAGAUUUUAAUGCUGCCUAUGAAGCGUUCCAACAAGCCGUGAAUCGUGAUUCAAGAAAUCCAACCUUCUGGUGUUCAAUUGGGGUUUUGUAUUAUCAAAUCAGUCAAUAUCGUGAUGCUUUAGAUGCUUAUACUAGAGCCAUUAGAUUAAAUCCUUACAUUAGUGAAGUUUGGUAUGAUUUGGGUACUUUAUAUGAAACUUGUAAUAAUCAAAUUAGUGAUGCUUUGGAUGCCUACAGACAAGCGGAAAGAUUAGAUCCUGGUAAUCCUCACAUCAAAGCUAGAUUGGACCAAUUGAUCAAAUAUCAACAAGAAGGUAACACUCAUCCUCCUCAACCACCACCAGUUUCUCAACAGCCAAGGUUGCCUCAAAGCAUGGUAUUAGAAAGUAACCAACCUCCUCAACAGCAACCUCAGCAACAGCAGCAGCAGCAACCGCAACAACAACAACAGCAACAACAACAACAGCAGCAACUUGUUCAACAACAGCCACCAAGACCACAAAUUGGUAAUCAACAAGGCCCACCUCCACCGCAAUUGAUGGCAGGACAAGUUUCUCAACAGUUACCACCUCCACCUCCACAACAACAACAGCAACCAGCACACAUGCUUUCUCAUCCAUUGCAACCACCGAGCGCAAAUGCCGUACCAAUGGGACCACAAUUACAACCACCAGCUCAACAACAAGUGCAACAACAACAGCCACAACAACAACAACAACAGCCCAUUCACCAAAGUGCCCCUCAUCAAUCAGUUCCUCCAACUCUUCUGCAAAUAAACAACCCAGCUGCUCAACAACAACCACAACAACCAAUCCAACCAGUUGCAAUCCCACAGGUUCAACAACAAGAAACUCCGAGUUCUAACCCGGCCAAAUUAAAUGAUCCAUCAGCUCAACCAACUAUCCAACCAGCUUCAUAUCCACAGCCUAACACCAUUCAAUCACAGCUUCAACCAGUAUCACAACCUGUUGUGAAGGUAUCCCCAGCGCCAGGCCCGGCACCAGCUGCAAGUGAUUCAACUGUGGAAGCUACCCCAACUGGUCAAGAGGUGAGUAAAUCAUCUUCUCCAACUGUGCAAAUGCAACCAGCUACACAACCUGUCCAACACCAGCCAACACAGGAACUCAAUGUUAAGCGUGAAUUGGAAGAUAAGACUGAUGAUAAGGUGAUUAAGAAACCAGCUACUGAAUCACACAAUGGAAAUUCGUUAAGCUCAUUAAUGAAUGCUGCUAAUGCGGUAGCUAGGGCUGAUGCAGAACAACAACAGCAACAACAAGAAGAACACGCUGCGGCCGCUGCUGCAGCUGCAGCUAAGAAAUCAGUUUCUCCUGUUGCGUCACACGUUUCUCCAGCGGUUGUUAAAGAAGCAACACCAGUUUCUAAUGGUGAACCGCAAAAGGAAGAAACGCCAAUAGCCAAUACUUCUGUUCCUCAAUUCUCAUCAAAUGUGACUGGCAAAGUUGAAAAUGAAACACAGAAAGAGAGAUCAGCAACUCCUAAGGAAGCAACUCCUGUGGCAGUACCAGUAGCUACAGCUUCUCCAGAACAACCUGCUCCAGCACCAGCGGCUGUAGUAGCUAACCCUCCAGUAGCUCCAGUUUCUGCAGUUUCAAAUGACGAUGAAGAGGAGGAGGAGAAGGAAAAGAAGGGAGAGGAAAGUGUUGAACCACCAAUGAGAAAAGUAGAAGAGGAUGAGAACUAUGAUGAUGAAUAA